AUGCCUCCCUCUGCUCCCCCGCCAGGAAUAUACGUACCUACGCUCACAUUCUUCCAACCUACACAGAAGCAGGAAUUAGACCUCCAAGCACUUACUUCCCAUAUUGCCAGACUCGCACAAGCACGAGUACAGGGAAUCGUCCUCCUCCACCCAAUAGGAGAACCACACCAUCUAUCGCGUGACGAGCGCACGCACCUCCUCACUCACACACAGCAUUUCCUCUCCUCCAUUCCUGCUCAGCUCACCCUCAUCGUCGGCUGCUCAGCACCCAGCACGUGGGAGACGAUCGACCUAUGCGAGGAGGCAGCGGCACUCGGAGGGGCAUACUGUUUGGUCAACGCACCGGGAGGGGAGGAUGAGCUAGGGGACUCGGCUCUCGAAGGGUACUUCUUUGACGUAGCAGACCAAUCCCCUCUCCCGCUCCUCCUCUCCCCCUCCCACGCCCUCCCCCUCCCCCUCCUACAGCGCCUAGCCCAGCACCCAAACAUCGUCUCCCUCCUCCUGACUUCUCCCAGUCUCGCACUCCAACUUUCCUCCACCUUCCCCACAAAGUCCUUCUCCCCUAUGGCGACCCAGUCCGACGCUCUCCUGCCCAUGCUCUGCGCUGGCGCCCAGGGGGCCAUACUGCCAUUGGGGAACGUAGCGCCUGAAGCGCUUGUCCAAAUCUGGGAAAGUUGGAAUAGGGAGGACCUGCCCGCGGCACAAGCGCUCCAACGCCCACUAGCCCGCUGUGGGGCUAUAGAACGCGCCGGUACACGAGGAGUACGCGCAGCGCUGAGCCAUGUGAAGGGGUAUGGUGGGUGGAGCAGGAGGCCCGUCUUAGCGCCGGGGGAGAAGGAACGGGAGGAGAUCAACAGAGCGUGCGAGGUGCUAGAAGGGAAGGGCAAGAGCCGGCCGGGGAUGCCGAAUGGUGUGCAACACUAA